UACGGCAGACACCAGAAAACCUGAAUGUCAGAAAACCGAUACACUGGAGACACUGGGCAGUUGUAGGAAGAUGUGAAGAUGUUGGAAGAUAUAAAGAUGGUGGAAGAUGUGGAAAUGCUGGAAGACAGGCAGAUGCUGGAAGCCCUGGAGAUGCUGGAAGACUUGAAGGUGAAGGAAGACACAUAUACUCCUUGGAAGACAUGGAUUUUAGGAAGAUGUAGAUUUUUUGAAAGACAGAUUUGUGGAAGGUGUAGAUUUUCAGGAAGACAUGGAUUUUCAGGAAGACUUGGAUUUUCCAGAAGACGUGGAUUUUCAGGAAGUCUUGGAUUUUCAGGAAGUCUUCGAUUUUCAGGAAGUCUUCGAUUUUCAGGAAGUCUUGGAUUUUCAGGAAGACUUGGAUUUCCAGGAAGACUUGGAUUUCCAGGAAGACUUGGAUUUCCAGGAAGACUUGGAUUUUCAGGAAGACUUGGAUCUUCUGGAAGACUUAGAUUUUCGGGAAGACAUAGAUUUCUGGGAAGACUUGGAUUUUGGAAGACUUUGAUUUUUUGGAAGACUUAGAUUUUCAAGAAGACUUGGAUUUUCAGGAAGUCUUGGAUUUCUGGGAAGACAUGGAUUUCUGGGAAGACAUGGAUUUUCAGGAAGACUUGGAUUUUCAGGAAGACUUGGAUUUCUGGGAAGACUUGGAUUUUCAGGAAGUCUUGGAUUUUCAGGAAGACAUGGAUUUCUGGGAAGACAUGGAUUUUCAGGAAGACAUGGAUUUCUGGGAAGACUUGGAUUUUCAGGAAGUCUUGGAUUUUCAGGAAGACAUGGAUUUCUGGGAAGACAUGGAUUUUCAGGAAGACAUGGAUAUUCAGGAAGACUUGGAUUUCUGGGAAGACUUGGAUUUUCAGGAAGACUUGGAUUUCUGGGAAGACAUGGAUUUCUGGGAAGACUUGGAUUUUCAGGAAGACAUGGAUUUUCAGGAAGACAUGGAUUUUCAGGAAGACUUGGAUUUUCAGGAAGACAUGGAUUUUCAGGAAGACAUGGAUUUUCAGGAAGACUUGGAUUUUCAGGAAGACUUGGAUUUCUGGGAAGACUUGGAUUUUCAGGAAGACAUGGAUUUUCAGGAAUACAUGGAUUUUCAGGAAGACUUGGAUUUUCAGGAAGACUUGGAUUUCUGGGAAGACUUGGAUUUUCAGGAAGUCUUGGAUUUUCAGGAAGACAUGGAUUUUCAGGAAGACAUGGAUUUUCAGGAAGACUUGGAUUUCUGGGAAGACUUGGAUUUCUGGGAAGACUUGGAUUUUCUGGAAGACAUAGAUUUUCAGGAAGACAUGGAUUUUCAGGAAGACUUGGAUUUUCGGGAAGACAUGGAUUUUCAGGAAGACUUGGAUUUUCAGGAAGACUUGGAUUUUCAGGAAGACAUGGAUUUUCAGGAAGACAUGGAUUUUCAGGAAGACUUGGAUUUUCAGGAAGACUUGGAUUUCUGGGAAGACUUGGAUUUUCGGGAAGACUUUGAUUUCUGGGAAGACAUUGAUUUCUGGGAAGACAUCGAUUUUCAGGAAGACUUGGAUUUUCAGGAAGACAUGGAUUUCUGGGAAGACUUGGAUUUUCAGGAAGACUUGGAUUUUCAGGAAGACUUGGAUUUUCAGGAAGACAUAGAUUUCUGGGAAGACUUGGAUUUUCGGGAAGACUUGGAUUUCUGGGAAGACAUUGAUUUCUGGGAAGACAUUGAUUUCUGGGAAGACAUGGAUUUUUAGGAAGACUUGUAUUUCCAGGAAGACAUUGAUUUCUGGGAAGACAUGGAUUUUCAGGAAGACAUGGAUUUCUGGGAAGACUUGGAUUUUCAGGAAGACUUGGAUUUUCGGGAAGACUUGGAUUUCCGGGAAGACAUCGAUUUUCAGGAAGACUUGGAUUUCUGGGAAGACAUGGAUUUCUGGGAAGACUUGGAUUUUCGGGAAGACAUGGAUUUUCUGGAAGACUUGGAUUUCCGGGAAGACAUUGAUUUCUGGGAAGACAUGGAUUUUCAGGAAGACAUGGACUUUCAGGAAGACUUGGAUUUUCAGGAAGACUUGGAUUUUCCGGAAGACUUGGAUUUCCGGGAAGACAUUGAUUUCUGGGAAGACAUGGAUUUUCAGGAAGACUUGGAUUUCUGGGAAGACAUGGAUUUCUGGGAAGACUUGGAUUUUCGGGAAGACUUGGAUUUCUGGGAAGACAUUGAUUUCUGGGAAGACAUGGAUUUUCAGGAAGACAUGGACUUUCAGGAAGACUUGGAUUUUCAGGAAGACUUGGAUUUUCAGGAAGACUUGGAUUUCUGGGAAGACAUGGACUUUUGGGAAGACUUCGAUUUUCAGGAAGACAUGGAUUUCUGGGAAGACUUAGAUUUUCAGGAAGACAUGGAUUUUCAGGAAGACUUGGAUUUCCAGGAAGACAUGGAUUUUCAGGAAGACUUGGAUUUUCAGGAAGACUUGGAUUUUCAGGAAGACAUUGAUUUCUGGGAAGACAUGGAUUUCCAGGAAGACUUGGAUUUUCAGGAAGACUUGGACUUUUGGGAAGACUUUGAUUUUUGGGAAGACUUGGAUUUUCAGGAAGACUUGGAUUUCCUGGAAGACUUGGAUUUUCAGGAAGACUUGGAUUUCCUGGAAGACUUGGAUUUUCAGGAAGACAUUGAUUUCUGGGAAGACUUGGAUUUUCAGGAAGACUUGGACUUUUGGGAAGACUUCGAUUUUCAGGAAGACAUGGAUUUUUGGGAAGACUUGGAUUUCCUGGAAGACUUGGACUUUUGGGAACACUUUGAUUUUUGGGAAGACUUGGAUUUUCAGGAAGACUUGGACUUUUGGGAAGACUUCGAUUUUUGGGAAGACUUGGAUUUUCAGGAAGACUUGGAUUACCUGGAAGACUUGGAUUUUCAGGAAGACUUGGAUUUCUGGGAAGACAUAGAUUUUCAGGAAGACAUGGAUUUUUCUGAAGACAUGGAUUUUCAGGAAGACUUGGAUUUCUGGGAAGACAGAUUUUCAGGAAGACAUGGAUUUUUCUGAAGACAUGGAUUUUCAGGAAGACAUGGAUCUUUGGGAAGACAUGGAUUUUUGGGAAGACGUGGAUCUUUGGGAAGACAUGGAUUUUCGGGAAGACAUAGAUUUUCAGGAAGACAUGGAUUUUUGGGAAGACUUGGAUUUUCUGGAAGACUUGGAUUUUCAGGAAGACUUGUGUUUUGGGGAAGACAGAGAUUUUGGGGAAGACUUGGAUUUUCAGGAAGACAUGAAUUUUUAGGAAGACAUAGAUUUCCUGGAAGACAUGGAUUUGAUGGAAGACAGAGAUUUUUUCUGGAAGAUGUGGAUAGGAUGGAAGAACAGGAGAUCACUGGAAGACAUAGAUAUUGGGAAGACCCGAAUUUUCCGGAAGACCAGGAUUGUUUGGAAGCCAUUGAUAUGUGGAAGCCAUGAGCCAAUUCUGGAAGACAUAAAUUUUCUGGAAGAUGUCAAUCUUCAGGAAGACAUGAAUCUUCAGGAAGACAUAUAUCUUCAGGAAGACAUAUAUUAGCUGGAAGACUUGGAGGUAUUUGGAAGACAAAUAUUCAGGAAGACGUGGAUCUAUCGGAAGAUCUGGAUUUAGUGGAAGACAUGGGUUUCUGGAAGACUUGAACUGGUGGAAGACACUGAUGAGCUGGAAGACAUGGAUUUUUCUGGAAGACAUGAACUGGUUGGAAGACCUGGAUAUUUUUCUGGAAGACACUGAUUUUCUGGAAGACCUGGAUUUUGUAGAAGACACAGAUUUUUCUGGAAGACGUAGAUUGUAAUGGAAGACAUGGAUUUUUCAGGAAGACAUGGAUUCUUCUGGAAGAUGUGGAUUUUUCUGGAAGACGUGGAUUUUUUUUCUGGAAGACAUAGAUCCCUCGGAAGACAAAGAUUUUCCUUGAAGAUUGAGAUACCAUGGAAGACUGAAUUUACUGGAAGACUUGGAGGUUCUUGGAAGACAUGUAUCACCUGGAAGACAUAUUUUCUGGAAGACCAGGAUUGUCUGGAAGACCUUGACAGUGUUGGAAGACUUGCAGUUGCUGGAAGACCUGGAGAUGUUGGAAGACCUGGAGAUGUUGGAAGACCUUGGUACUGGCACCACUGGAAACCCUAGAUAUUG